ACCCGCACCCGGCACCUGCCCCGCACCUUGCUCCGGGUCCGGAGCACCUUGCACCGCGUCCUGCCCCGCACCGGGCGCUCCGUGCCCGUCGCCACCGUCGCCCCCCGCCGCCCCCCGGCCAUGCCCGCGCCCCGCCGGCUCUGAGCGCGGCCGGAAUGGAGCGGGAGGGCGGCGGCCCGGGGCCCCCCGCGCCCCACGAGCCCAUCAGCUUCGGCAUCGACCAGAUCCUGGGCGGCCCCGAGCCCACGGGGCCGCACCGGGCGGCGGCAGAGCCCGACUACGGGCUCUACGGCAGCGGCUACGGCCCCACCGGUCCGCUCGGUUCCUACAACCUCAACAUGAGCAUGAACGUGAGCGUGAACGUGACCCCCGCGCCCGCCGCGCCGCCCGCCGGAGUCAUCCGCGUCCCGGCGCACCGGCCCGCGCCCGCCCCGGCGCCCGCCGCUCCGCCGCCGGGGCCCGCGCUACCGGGGCUCACCUUCCCCUGGAUGGAGACCACGCGCCGCAUCGCCAAGGACCGGCUCUCAGCCGCGCUGUCGCCCUUCGCGGUCACGCGGCGCAUCGGGCACCCGUACCAGAACCGGACGCCGCCCAAGCGCAAGAAGCCGCGGACAUCCUUCUCCCGGGUGCAGAUCUGCGAGCUGGAGAAGCGCUUCCACCGGCAGAAAUACCUGGCCUCGGCCGAGCGUGCCACCCUGGCCAAGGCCCUCAAGAUGACGGACGCCCAGGUCAAGACCUGGUUCCAGAACCGCCGCACCAAGUGGAGGCGUCAGACGGCGGAGGAGCGCGAGGCGGAGCGGCAGCAGGCCAACAGGCUGAUGCUGCACCUGCAGCAGGAGGCUUUCCAGAAGAGCCUGGCGCAGCCGCUGCCGCAGGACCCGCUCUGCAUGCACAACUCCUCGCUCUACGCCCUGCAAAACCUCCAGCCCUGGGCCGAGGACAACAAGGUGACGUCGGUCUCGGGGGUGGCCUCUGUGGUGUGAGGGCCUUGGGUGCUGCUGACGUGCCUGGAGGUGGCAGUGGGAGCCCGCUGGGCUCUGAGCCUGGACCAUGGCAGGGAAGGGGCUGCAGCUUCCUGGGAGCUCCCCACUGGCAGCCCCCUCCCUGCCAUGGGGAGCCCCCCAGGACCACCCAGGAGGGAGGCCGUGCCCCUGUGGUUGGACUCAAAGCUUCACCAAACCCCACCUGGAGCACUGCUGGGUGUAGCCCCCUGCGUGGACCCCCAGGAGCCCAGAGCAGGGCCCCCAUGCCCUAUGGACCUCUGCAGCCCCCUGUCUGACCCCCAGGAGCCCAGGGCUGGGCCCCAGCACCCCAUGGAUGUCUGUAGCUCCCUGCUCAGACCCGUGAGAGCCAACGGCUGGGUCUCUACACCCCACGGACACCUGCAGCUCCCUGCCUGCACCCCUGGGAGCCCAGGGAUGGGCCCCCACACCUGGCAGGGUUCUGCAGCCUCCCCCACCAGCACCUCCGUGGGUCACACUGGCUCCAUUUAGACCCCACAGCCUCCAGCCCACCUGGAGCAGGGUGGGGCGUGGACCUCCCAUUCCUGGUGCUGGUGCUGACAGCCGGGUCUGCACCGCCCGCACCACUUGCCUUAUUCCGGUCGGAGUUUGCCACCUCCGGCUUCCAUCUGUGCCCUCCAGGCUGGAUGAAGGACUUGGCCACCCCGGCCUCACCCCGUGGUGGGACAGACUGAUGGUCUGGGCCCCCGGCCCCCCACCCACUGCUCUGUCAGCUCCCUGAGCCUGGACAUGUCCUUGCAGCCCCCCGCCGUGGACUCUCGGGGUGCCCCCCGUGCUGACGGAUUGCACCAGUCCCUGACUCCCCCGGGACUGCCAUCACCUCCCACAGACCGAGCCUUGGUGUGACCCACAGGACACUCGUGGGGUGUGGAGGGGCUGAAUCCCCCUUCUUCUGGCAAAUCUCUGCACCCCCUCCCCAGUGACCCCCUAAGUGGGGAUUCCCCCCGCCGGGACCAUCCAGCCCGACUCCAGCCCCUGCUGAUGAUGAUGGAGGGAAUGAAGGGGAUGCGGGGGGGCAACAGCGGUGGCCUUGACCCUGAACUCGACCUUGCCCCCCACCCCGCCGCUAUCCGCAAUACCGCAGCCCCUCACCCCACUUUUGGGGGACAGGCUUCUGCCGGCUCCCCCUCUCUAUUGCUACCGGGAGGAGUCGGACACCCGGUACCGGCGGGAUUGGCUGCGGUUCCGUGACGCGGAGGGGUGGAACCGCAUUACCACCGGGAUGAGUGCGGCCGAGGGCCGGCCCCGGUGCCGGUGGGGCGGCGGCGAGGCGGUGCUUCGUGCCCGUGCUGAGGCCGCCGGUUACCGGAGGCUGCUGCGAGCCCGAGCCGCCGAGGUGGAGGCGUUGCGGGGGGCGGUGGGCGCGUUACACCGGCAGCUGGAGGGGCUGCGGGACCGGCGGA